UACUGUCGACCGAUAUUACCGUAAACAAGGAUGUGAGUAAAACAGCCUAACUGCUGAGGGACAUUCGGUACUCAUGUUAUCAGUGAAAAUGUCACGUAGGCCGGAUAUAUAUGCUUUUACAUAUAAACUUUAAUGGCUUGGCGGUCUACUUUGUGUGGGUCUCGUGUUUCUGUCAUGGAUUUUACUCCAUUUCUGUUGUUUACAUUCCUCGUUUGCCAGCAGGGAUAUUUUGCUGUUGAAGUCCAUAAAGAAACCAGGCAAUGGAAACGGUUUGGGGAUGGACCCAGUCAUACCAUGGAUGAGGUUGAUGGCUUCCCAGAAUCCAGGACUUUCUUUGAGAAUUAUGUAUUUAAGUCAAGACCAUUGAAAAUGAGAGGUGCUGUCAAAACGUCACCAGCAUUCCGACUUUGGGAGGAUGAUUACUUUCUGGAGAUGGAGAUGCCCCCUGAUUUGCAUGUCACCGUCGAGACUAUGAAGAAAGAAAACCGUAGUCAACCUGUAGAACAGAUGCACUUCAAGGAAUUUGUCCAUGUGUAUAAUCACACCAAUCAAUAUCUUGUCAAUAGUGUGCCAAAGAUUAUAGCAAAAGAUAUAAUAUUACCAAGACCACUGCAGUGUGAGGAAAUGAUACAUGAGGGAUUUCUUACUGAAGCUAUGAUGUGGUAUAGCAGCGGAGGGACUAGUUCUGUUGUACACACAGAUUCUGUAGACAACAUCAACUGUUUGUACAGAGGGGAUAAAGAAUUUGUCUUUGUUGAUCCACAUAAGUAUGGAGAAUUGGUUGAUUUAGACCAUCCAGAAGGUGCAUAUAGUGGUAUUGAUGUAGACAGAGUUGAUUUUGAUAAGUACCCAGGAUUGAGGGAAGUUGAAUAUUACCAUGUCAAUCUCACAGCUGGUGAUUGCCUAUACAUUCCUUAUAAGUGGAUCCACCAGGUCCGCUCUUAUAACCGUAACAUAGCAGUGAAUAUCUGGUGGAACUUUCAUAAAAAUAAAAAGCUUGAUCUCAGCCAGUGCGAGGGUCGGGAAGAGGACCCUGCUAUCACUUUGGAUAAAUGUCAGUUUUCAGGGUUUGAUGAAAUGUUACAGGAUGUAGAAUCAAUUAUUGCACAUUUUCUUGAUAUUUGCAAAACCAACAAAGAAAUCACAUUUGAAAAGUUCCAGAAAAUCCUGGGAAUAGAUUUAACUGAAGAAGAUGAACAAGUACUUGGCACAGAACAUAAACUAUACUUGAGUGAGAUAUUCAGAAUUUUAGAUGCAGACAAAAGCCAGAAGCUGGAGUAUAAAGAAGUUGAAAAAACAAGUAUUGAGGCAUGGGAGAAGGUUCAAGAGCUGCUGAUCAAGUAUGAUGACUUAAUGGGAAAGCUAGAUGAGCCAGACGAAAAUGAAACGGCAGAAGAAAUAAGAGAUGAGUUGUGACAUAGAGGUGAUGAGGUGUGAAAUGUCUCAUUAAUGUUUGCAGGCAUGUUAGAAUAGAGCAGGUAGACCAGAACACAUGCAAUGUAAUAUUUUUCACUGGACUACAGAUUACUGUCAUUAUUAUUAUAUGCCAUAUUGAUUAUCACUUAAAGGACAUCCAUGCCAACUGGGGAAAGCAGCAAUUGGUGAAAACAUUUAUUCUUGGCACAUUCCUUAUUUAAACAUAAAUACACCCAAAAUCUAAGCAAUGUAGAAAAGUAUUUGUGAACAUUAAAAACGCGUGAAUCUUUCUUGUUUCUUGGUUAUUAUAUUGAGACAAAGGGGCAUCUUUUUUUCUCUUUUAUCUUUUUUUCUUAGAUAAACCCAGUUUUCCAAUUGAAAUGAAUGAGCAAUAUAUGUCUUUCAAUAGGAUCAUUUGUAAAAGAACAAAACUAGGUAUUCAGUGUUGUGAACUGAAAUUUGUUAUGGAUUAUUAACUAGUGAAUGCAAAAUACAUAUUGACUAGUUCGAGUU